CUGAUGAAAGACGGACGAGGCUCGCUGCGAGUAUAACCUAGGUUUGUUAGUCCUCAGACUUCGUUCCAAGCUCCAUAGAUGCCGUACCAAGGUAGAUGAUCAGGGGAAGGUAACCACUGCAAAGGUCAGCAACUGCGUAUCCAUUGUAGGAACGGGCAUCAUACUAAUGAAUAGCAACACGAGACAAGUCAAUGACCUUUCCAAUGCGCUCCUAUCAUCCCGUUAAUUCCUAUCUUCUCCAAAGCAGUUGACCAGUAAGUCGGACCUUUGUUUCCUCUGAAAGUUGCAUCUUGACUGCUUUGGAUAUCGUUGCGAAGCUACCAAACCAUCAGCAAACCAUCCAGAUAUCAUAUACAACGUCUCAUAUACUCACAAACUUGAACUGGGUUGAAUCUGGCAAGGUCGUUGUCCUGAGCUUGAACAAACGCAACCCCGGCUCCCAAAAAACAUUCAAGACCUAUCGCAGAUCGCCUAGUCCGUACUAGCGCUAAAUAUUUCAAAAGCUUCCUAUCAAACAAACGCGCCUCGCAAAGGAAGCUCCCCACCACAUAUCUACGAGAUCAAGAGCUUCAAGAUGUCUGGCGCACGGCACUGGGAGCAAGACAAGGAAGCUACUGUCUAUAUCGGCAAUAUCGACGAGCGAGUUACAGAUAGUUUGGUAUGGGAGCUCAUGCUGCAGGCUGGACGGAUCGUCAACGUACAUUUGCCGAAAGAUAGGGUUACGCAAACUCAUCAGGGUUAUGGUUUCGUGGAGUUCAUUAGUGAGGAGGAUGCCGAAUAUGCUGCGAGGAUCAUGAACCAAGUUCGUUUGUAUGGGAAGCCGAUUCGAGUAAAUAAGGCCUCAGCAGACAAGCAAAAACCAAUCGAAGUCGGCGCCGAGCUCUUCAUCGGCAACCUCGACGCCAUGGUCGACGAAAAGACCCUCUACGACACCUUCUCGCGCUUCGGCUCCCUCCAAUCACCCCCCAAGAUCGCACGCGACGAGUCCGGUCUCUCGAAAGGCUACGGCUUCGUCUCGUACGCCAGCUUCGAAGCGUCCGACGACGCCAUUGCGAAUAUGAACGGCCAGUACCUCAUGAACAAGGACAUCUCCGUGCAGUACGCGUACAAGAAGGACGGCAAGGGCGAGAGACACGGUGAUGAGGCGGAGCGUAUGCUCGCCAGCUCGGGCAAGAAGAAUAAUGUCAUGCCCGAGGUGCAGAGCAUGCCUGCGCAGCUGCUGAUGAAUGGGAGUGUGCCGCAGGGUCCAGCUGCUAUGAUGGAUAACGGUAUGCCAAUGGGUAUGGGUGGGAUUCCACCCGCGUAUGGAGCUCCGCCGCCAAACCUCCCGCCUGGAUUCGGAGGCGGCCCGGGUCCUGGUGGAUAUAAUGCUGUUCCGCCGCCUCAGCAACAGCAGCAGAUGGCUCAGAGACCGAAUAUGCCGCUGCCUCCUCCACCUUCAGGACUACCACAGCGUCCUCCUCCUUCUCAAGGUGGGUACGGUGGUCCUCAAGACUUCCAUCCACCGGGAUUUGCGCCGCCGCCUGGUUUUCCACAGGCUAUGCCGCCAGGAUUCGGUGGUCCUCCGCCUGGCCAGAUGCCACCCGGCUUUAUGCCUCCACCAGGCUUCCAACAACAGCAGCAGCAACAACAAGCUCCUCCAGGCUACGCUGGUAGGAGGUAAUAGGGACGUCUUGGGGAACGGAGACGAUUGUACGAAAGCCAAGGCGAGGCAACCGGGCAUGAUUUGAAAGGUUGCGAAAAGUCAACGGUGUUCUGGGGGCAUUGCAGGCGUUUAUGGAGUGUUAUAUAACAAAGAGUCAUUAGGCUAGGUGUAGCGAGAAGAGUUUGCCUACUUACCUUCUUACUGAAAUGGCAUUGGGGACCUAGUAGCUAGAUACCAAAAUAUCUAAUUGAGAAUGUUGUACAAUUGCGCACGGAGAAGUGAUGUCACGAGGAUCGCAAUCAAUUAUCUAUCUGUGAGCGACAGAGCCACCAUGUUAUGCCUG